AUGAAGCUCCCGCCAGCAGCCGUCAUGGCUUCAUGGCCAACACCAAAUUAUAUCGACCCACCAACCCGAGGACACGGCGUACUGAUCGUGAACGUUGCAUGUCUUUCUUUGGCAUUCGUGGUGGUCUCUCUACGACUAUACACCCGAAUUCGAAUAACAUACAGUGCUGGUGUUGAUGAUUUUCUGAUUGUUAUCGGCCUGAUCUUCUCUAUCGCAAUGGCUGUUGUCACCUCAAUCGCCACGGAAAAGUGGGGGAUGAACCGCCACAUCUGGGAUAUCGAAAUCCUGAGCCUUGCCACCGUUCAGAAAUACAAUCUCUGUUUCCAAAUCAUGUUCUCCAUGGCAUCCUGCUUCACCAAAAUCUCUCUUCUAUGGUUCUGUCGACGACUCAUCGGCAAGGGUCACUUUGCGUUGUACAACUGGGCUUUCAUUUUGUCAAUGGUCUUCGUCGCCCUCUCAAGUGGGCUUUUCACCAUCAUCAGCAUUUUCCAGUGCUCACCGAUUCGCGCAUAUUGGCAAAUUAGCCCCACAGAGUCUUAUCACUGCAUGAAUGAUGGCGCUAUUGUGUUUUCAGCAAGUGUGAUCAAUAUUUUUACCGAUUUCCUGGUUACAGCCCUGCCGAUGCCACUGAUCUGGAGUCUGAAACUCCCCGCUCGUCAACGCCUCGCCGUCAUCUCUAUCUUUGCUCUGGGAGCAGUAGUGAACGUCGCCGGCUCGGUCCGAACUGUGUAUGUGUGGAAGAGUAUGGUGGUUGGCUACGACGCGACCUGGAUCGGAUGGCCCGUUUUGAUCGCUGCUGCGGUGGAAAUCAGCUUGGGACUGAUCUGCUCUUCAGCCCCAGCUCUCCGUCCUCUAAUCGCAGCAUUCCUACCUCGCCUCCUCAAUUCAACCCGCAAUAUCGGCUCCUCAUACAACCAGCACAAUCGCUCCCACAAACUCUGGUCUUCAACCGGCCGCUCUCGCAACUCUCACAUGAUCCCCGAUGGAUCUCGCCAACCUGGCUAUGACAGCGAUCGCUUCGAGAUCAUGCGCACUGUCGAGAUGGAAAGUUGGACUGAGUCGCGACUCGCCAACCAGCAGAAAAUGGGCCACGGCUAUGAUAUCACAUCCGAGAACCACUCGCGCGCCAUCAGUCCUGCUGAUACUAUGGAUCUGAAGAAUAACAUGGUGCAUUCAUCUCCAGCGAGUACUACUUCCUCUAUCUCUGGGCCGAGCGAGUCGAAAUUUCCUUUUGAUGAUCGACACGCGCGCUGA